UACUCUCUACUUGUUUGGAUUUUUUCUUGUUUCUAUGUAGUAGUAUAAAAGAAAACACUAACACGUACACACAUAUAUAUAUAUAUAAUAAUACAAUACAUACAUAUAUAUAUAUAUACAUAUGGAGGGGAUUGUGUGCAUUACACAAUAAACCUCAGACUGACGAAGAGUGUACUAAAAUUUCUCUGUAAAAAAGAAAAUUAAGUCAUGCCAUCGUGUUUAUGGACGACAUUCAUAGUGGUGUUGAUGAUGAUGAUGAUGGCAACGGCAAAUGUAGCCGUUGAUGGUUUCAGAGAGGCUCCAAAGUUCUACAAUUCUCCGACCUGCGCAGCCGUCGAUUCUCCAACGGGAACCCUGUGCUUCGACGGCCAAGAUGCAAUCCACGUGGCGAUGACUCUCGACGCCGCUUAUCUCCGCGGCUCCAUGGCGGCGAUUCUUUCCAUCCUCCGCCACUCCUCCUGCCCGGAAAACAUCGUCUUCCACUUCGUCGCCUCCUCGGCGGCGUCAGCCUCCGCCCUCCGCCGCGCCAUCACGGCGGCGUUCCCAUACCUGGAGUUCGAGGUGUAUCCCUUCGACGACGCGGCGGCGGCGGGGCGGAUCUCCACCUCCAUCAGGGCGGCGCUCGACUGCCCGCUCAACUACGCGCGCAACUACCUCGCGUACCUCCUCCCGCCGUGCGUCGGAAAAAUCGUCUACCUCGACUCCGACGUCAUCCUCGUCGACGACAUCGCGGAGCUCGCCGCCACGCCGCUGCCGGACGGCGCCGUACUGGCCGCGCCGGAAUACUGCAACGCCAAUUUCACCUCCUACUUCACGCCGACCUUCUGGUCGAACCCUUCACUCUCGCUGACGUUCGCGAACCGGAAAGCCUGCUACUUCAACACCGGCGUAAUGGUGAUCGAUCUCCGGCGGUGGCGCGCCGGCGAUUGCACGACGAAAAUCGUGGAAUGGAUGGAGCUGCAAAAAAGAAUGCGGAUAUACGAGCUGGGGUCCCUGCCGCCCUUCCUACUGGUCUUCGCCGGCAACAUAGCUCCGGUGGAUCACCGGUGGAACCAGCACGGGCUCGGCGGCGACAAUUUCCGGGGACUUUGCCGCGAUUUGCACCCCGGGCCGGUCAGCCUGCUGCACUGGAGCGGGAAGGGCAAGCCCUGGGCCCGGAUCGACGCGAAUCGGGCCUGCCCGCUUGAUGCUUUAUGGGCGCCUUAUGACUUAUUACAAACGCCAUACGUCAUCGAAUCUUGAUCAGGAAUAGGAGAGAGAAAGAGAAUACGAGAGAGAGGGAGAGGGGUUUUCUUUCUUCUUCCUCUGCUAGUUCUCCUCCAUGCUUGAUUGCAUGCUAAGAUUUUGACCCAAACCCGCAGCCUUUUAUGGCUAAAGUAACCUGCCUGCUUCCCUCUUUCUUGCUGCCCCUUAUUACAGUUUUUGUAUUGUAUCUGCCAAAAAUAAAUAAAUAAAUAAAAAUUAAUGGAGGGAAGUGAUGGGAAUAGGCAGUAGCCAAUGAUAGUGAGCCAUGUGCAGUUAGUUAUCUCCUUUUUCUUGCGUCAAUUGUUAUAAUCAAAGAGUGUCGGUGCUCCCGACAAUUGUGGCAAGUCUC